AGUGGUGAGUUUGACACAAAAGUUGUGUUGUCGAUUUUGUGGGAGGAUUUUUUUGUGAAGAAAUUUAAAAAAAGGAAUUGUGCAAUUAGGAUUUGAAAUAGAGACAAAAAGAUCUCAAGUUAAGGAUGACAAAGUCUCUAGAGGCAAUUUUCUACUUAGUUCUUACCGCCUUAGUCUGUAAUUUCGCUGGAACCGAAGCUGCUAGAGCCAAGUACGUUACCUGUGGAUCAGUCCUCAAGCUCCUCAAUGUUGCCUACCAAAUGAGAUUGCAUUCGCACGAUGUGAAAUAUGGAACGGGAUCGGGGCAGCAGUCUGUGACAGCAACGGAGAUUCAGGAGGAUGUCAAUAGUCACUGGGUUAUCAAGUCCAAAACAGGGCGCCACUGCGAACGGGGAGCCCCAAUUUCGUGCGGAGACAUUAUUCGAUUGCAACACGUAACGACGAAGAAGAAUCUGCAUUCACAUCACUUUUCCAGCCCACUUAGCGGGAAUCAGGAAGUGUCUUGCUACGGGGAUGAUCACGGUGAAGGAGACACUGGAGAUCAUUGGGAGGUGAUUUGUUCAGGUGAUCACUGGCACCGAGAUACUGCUGUGAAACUGAAACACGUGGAUACAGACAUGUACCUCGCCGUUUCCGGACGUACAUUUGGGCGACCAAUUAAUGGGCAAAUGGAGGUGAUGGCUAUGACCCAGCCCCGCGGGGAAGGUGACUGGAAGGCAGCGGAAGGUAUUUACAUUCAUGGCAAUGAGCUCAAAGAACAUUCUCAUGCCCAUACAGAACUGUAAUUAAUAUUGUGUGAAUGCAAUUUUAUUAAAUUAAUUCGAGAGAGAAAA